AUGGAUGAGGCGGCGGCGGCCGGGCGGCGCGAGAGAGCGAGCGAAACGGGAGUCGCCUGCGACAACACACGCCGGGGAGUCGCAACCCCGUCCGCCGCACUCGCGGACCGACCCCGACACGACCGGGAAACGCAACCACGACCACCUCUCCUCCUUCUUCUUCUUCCCCCGCGGCAUCGGGAGAGCCGGACGGCCAACACCGGGCGCGGAGCGAGGGUUCGUUCGGGCGGGGGAGGGAAGGGAGCGGCGGGGCGGAGGAGCGGCCGGCGACGGCCACCCGCGGGAACGACGGAUCCGCCACCACCGCCGACACCACGGGGGGCGGAGGCGCGGGACGGUCACGGGGGACGGCGGGGGCGGAACCGGGAAAGCCACACCCGUCGGAGCCCCCCGCGAGACCCGUCGGAGCCCCCCGCGAGACGGACACGCCCCCGGGCGCGACACACCGCGCCUAUUUGGCCACGGCAAGAAACCGCGCCGGCGGGAACGGCGGGGGUCCGUGGGCGGGACGGGGCCUCGGCGGGCCCCCACACGCAACGGCAGCGAGGCGCAACGCCGGGGAAGAGCGGGAUCGCCGACCCUCCCUCCGGGAGGAGUCCGGGAAUAGACCGGGAGCGGGCGGGAGAGACCACCCCAACGGGGCGCGGCGGGAGAUCUGGCGGCAGCCGAGCCUCGGCGAGAGCCGGAGGAACGGGGGGGACCCGUGAAAACGCCGACCGCGUCGCGGGAGAGACGGGAGGGCGACGGGGCCGGAAGAGCCCCCAGACGCACCUCGGCCGGCGGACCCACCAAAGACGGGUAAACUGCAGCCGCAAGCCCCUUCUCCCCUCGCGGGGGGCCGGACGCACGCGGGAGACCUCCCCCGGCGCCACACAACGUCCACACGCAGAACGCGGCCGCAGCCGCGGGGCCGGGACCGCCCUCCAACUGCUCCACCCGCACACGCCGAGCGGCCUCUCCCGGACCGCGCCGAACGCCCGAGGCGCGACCGCGCGUGCACGGGGCGACCCUCCCCCCGAGGGGGGCACGGGUCCCGGCCAGCACGGCCGCGGGGGUCGGCCCGGACACGAGGGAGCCGGCAGCGGCGGGCGGGGAGGGGGAACGACACGGCAAGGACGAGAUGCCGGCGACGGCGGGGGCGACGACGGGAACGGGCCCCCUCACCCGAGCACGCACCGAGAGAGAGGCCGCCCCCGCCCUGGCGGCGACCGGCCGAACACCGGGGGGCGAAAACGGACGGGAAUCACACCGCUCACACUCCGGGAGCGGUCCCGCCACACCCGCGGCGCCGAACCGAGUCGACCCCAGAAACGACGACGGCCCCCCCCAACGGGGAGCCCCGGGGAGACGCAACGCGAGAGGCUGCCGAACGCCGACGCCACCGCCGCCGAGGGCCCCUCGAGCGGGAACGGGACCCCCCCGACGUCCGACGACGAGCCGGACGCGGCCGACCGCCGUCUCCAAAAGGCCGCCCCCGAGAGAGAGAUCGAUACACCGCCGAGACCCGGACGACCCCGGAUCCCCCGGAGGGGGGAAAGGUCACCCGCGCUCCCCCAACCGUGGGAACGCUGCCGAGGAGGGGGGGCGAGCGGGACGACGCCCCGCCACACGAACAGACCACAACGCACGCACCACGCGCGGCAACGUCCAAGUCGCGGGAACGGCAAAGACGGGGACGCGCACGGGAGGGCCGCACGCGGCGGGCGGCCACGGGGUGGGGGCAGGGGAACAGGGACGGGUGGGACCGGGAGCCCACCACCGCCCUUCCGCUACCCGUCCCGCGGCGCCCCACGGGGAUGGGAUGGGGCAGACCGCGCGCGCGCGGGGGUGCACACGCGGCCCUUCCACCACCGCUACCGCCAACCUCCGCCACGAGAACCCAACACUCCGCGACGCCGGCAUGACGCCGAGCUCUUGCCCCGCGUGAUCCCUCCCCGGACUCGGAGCGAGGAGGCGCGGGCCGCGCUAGAGAAGGAACGCUUUCUCACCGAGGGCGGGGCAUACCCAACCCGACCAAGCACCCCCGGCCGCGGCCAGCCGGAGAAACGACGUGCGUGCGGGCGUGACGCUCACACAACUCGACCUCCGUCGAGCAACGGGGGGGAAGACACGCACGCGGGGGGUCUGCGUUAUGGCCCGCCUCCCGGGACACGCCGAGGGCACACGGCACGCAACGACGCGGUGGACGCUCACCCGACGAGGGGCCCCCCCUCUCGGAAACGGGCACCCCAAGGAGCCUCUCACCGGCCUUUGGGUCAUUACACUCGACCCCCCCUCCUCCUUCUCCUCUACCGUGUCUCCCGCACCAGCGGAGCGGGCACGGACCCACAAGAGGGACGGCAAACAACGGGAACAAGCCACGCACGCCGCAAGCAAGCAAAGCCGAGCACAGGAGGCGCCAGAGGGAACGGGAAACGCCACCGCCGCUCAGAAGCGGGCACCUCGAAGUCCUGGGACGCUCCAGGGGCACCGCGAGGAUCGCAAAGAACGAGGCGCGCGCACACCGACCGGGAGCGGCACGCGACGCCGCAGAUGAGCCACCCUCCCCCGGCCCGGGGAAGGGGGCUCAAGGGGCCACACGGGCAAAACGAACCCACACGGAGCCCCACGCACUGCAGCAACGAGUGCGCGGGCACGGGGCUCAGGCCGGGCAACCGCACCCUUGCCUUCCACACACCACCACGGGCGGGUGGGGAGGAGAGACGAAGGGCCCGCUGGCAGAACGAGAGGAGCGGGCGCCAUUCACAAUGA